AUGAAGUUCUUGGUUCUAGGUUUCGAGAGAUUGGCUCUCUUCUUGAUGGGAGGUGGUAGAUGUUAUCUUUGGGUUGGCCUAGGGCACCUUUAA